UGUUACCUGUCAGCCUGCAAUGAAUCCAGCGGGUAGCGAAGGGCGAAUCUCGCUAGUUCCACGUCGCGUAUGAGGCGAGACGUAACACCACUUCUCGCCGCCGGCUGUUUAAAAAGCACGCUGUUCCCGCUCCUCGUUAAAGUUCAACUAAAACAAUGGCCGUGAAAGCGUACCAAGCAGCUUGCCUUUUGCUUCUUAUUCUACAAGGAGUUGUCGGCCCGCCAGUAGACAAGAGGAAAAAGGAAGAGCCAGCCAAGGCUAACACCAUAGAAGAGCCUCCUGAUUUCGGCCUGGAAUACAGCCGCUACCUUCAGGAAGUAGUGCAAACACUUGAGGAGGACCCAGAAUUCUCUUCUAAGCUAAAAGCCGUCAACGUAGAUGACAUUAGGUCUGGCAGUGUGGCUCGUGAACUUGAGUUUGUGAAGCAUGAUGUCCGAAACCGCUUGGAUGAGCUGAAAAGAAUUGAAAUGGACCGGUUGCGAAAGCUCACUGUGCAGGCCAAGGAGAAAGAACUUGCAGGCCUGGACCGUGGUAGUGUCAAGAUGCCCCACCAUAUUGAUUACCAGAAUCCACACACCUUUGAAAUUGAAGAUCUGAAGAAGCUGAUUGUCACUGCGACAAAGGACUUGGAAGCACUGGAUGAGCAGCGCAAGGCUGAAUUCAAGGAGUAUGAGAUGCGCAAGGAGCUCGAGUACCGUAAAGCCUUGGAGAAUGCGACGGCUGAAGAACGGGUCAGGAUAGAGCAGCACCAUAACGAGACCAUCAAGAAGCACAAGGAGCACCCUGCUGUUCAUGAGCCGGGUAGCAAGCCUCAACUGGAGGAAGUGUGGCAAGAACAGGAUCACAUGGACCCUGAGGAUUUCAAUCCCAACACUUUCUUUUCCAUGCACGACCUUAAUGGAGAUGGAUACCUUGAUUCGGAUGAAAUCGCUGCUGUUCUGAACUUGGAGGUGAAGAAAAUCUACAAGCCUGGUGACAAUGACACCGACCUGGUGGAAAGAAAUGAAGAAGUAGAGCGCAUGCGAGAGCAUGUUCUUAAAGAGGGAGACGCAAAUAAGGAUGGCCUGCUAAGCCACCAGGAGUUCCUGGACAUGACCCAUCGCCGUGAUUUUGAACAAGACGAAGGCUGGAAGGGCCUGGAUGAACAGCAGGUCUACUCUGAAGACGACCUGCGCCGGUUCCAGCAGCAGCACCCAGACCUUCAGCUACAGUAUCCAUACCAGCAGUACCAUGGCGGUCCCAUGCCCCCUCAGUACCAGGGACAGCCCCAGUACCAACACAUGCCACCUCAGGGAGCCCAGUACCAAGGUGUUCCUAACCACCAAGGAAUGCCACAGCAGCACCAAGGACAGUUCCAGCCUCAGCAAGGCCAGUUUCAGCAUCAGCAGGGUCAGUUCCAACCACACCAAGGCCAGUUCCAACCUCAGCAGGGUCAAUUCCAGCCACAGCAGGGACACCUGCAGCAGCAGCAGCAGUUGCAUCCAGCUAGUGGUGGUGUGCCCCAGCCUCCUCCGCACGUAAAUGAACAUGCCGCAGCGCAGCAGUAUGCAGCCCAGCAGCAUGCAGCCCAGCAGCAUGCAGCCCAGCAGCAGAUGGCUCAACACCAUCAACAGCAACAGCACCUGGCCCAGCAACAGCAGCUGGCCCAACAACAGCACCUGGCCCAACAACAGCACCUAGCCCAGCAACAGCAGCAGCAGCAGCACUUUGGCACUCAGCAGCAUGUGGUACAGCCACAGGCUGCACAGCCUCAGCAUGUUGCGACGGGCCAGCAUGCGCAGGUGGUUCAGCCGCAGGUUGUGCAGCCUCAUGUUGCACAGCCGGCUGGUGUGCACCAAGCGGCCCAAGUCGCUCCUGGCGUUGUUAUUCCUCAGGACUCAAGUCAGCAGCAGCACCAUCAGCAAGUGCACGCUCCAGCAGGUUCUGCACAAGCAGCUGCAGCUCCGACUGUGAUUCACCGCUGAGCUCCAUGUGGAUAGAAACUCGAGGACUGCCAACUUGUGAACACAUCACUCGUUGUUGCUGUUGUGCGUGCAGGCACCCUCAGACACGGUAUGCAGGUAGGGGGUGUUUCGGGGCUUUACUUUCCGUGACAUGGGGUCAUUACAACAACACACAACUUGGCAUUGGGUUGUGAGGUUUUCACUGCAGCAUUGGGACCGCACUGCAUAUCUUCCUGCAUCCGUGUCGGGGAGAUGAAUUGUGACAUGGGCUGGCGUGUGCUUCAGUCAGCCACAUCUGGAUUUGGGGGUCUGAACUUGUAACACAAGGAGUGUGCUUUUGGCUGCGUUCUGCCCGGUGUCUGCACAAUGUGGUAAAUGUGGUGUGAACGAAAAGUAACGUUCUUGCAGCACUCUUUUUACAUUUGAAAUGGAGGGGAGGCACUGCUGCACAUUUUAUUACUUGGCGGCAGGGUUGUAUAUUUUUGUUUUGCUAUGGCGUCACAGUAACAAACGCAUAGUGAUUUUAUGGGGCUCAUUUACGAUGCAAGCUCGCAGAUAUGUGCAUAAAGGCUCUGAACUUCCCUUAGUUACAGUACUAAUGUGAUUACAGUUCAUGCAAUAGUUUCAACUUUUCUGCUUCCUCUAAUUGUAAAAGGAGACGCCGAUUGUAUAUAUUUCUACUUAUAACGUGUUAUUAAUGCACUUCGACGACUGUUGUGAUGGCAGUGACUUUGAUGCUAAUGUAAGAAGGGCGAAGUCCUAAUGCACAUAUAUUGCAUGAGAUACUGUAAAUAGAAAUAGGAAAGUAUUCUCUUCACAUUUGCGUGACGCUCACAAUGGUUUUUGCAUUGUAAACCUCAGACUUGUGACUGUGGUGCAACUUUUUAGGUGUGUAAGAUAAACUUCAUCAGUGUUGUGACGAAUUGACUUGGCACUGCCAACAGCAAUGUCUCUCCUCCUUAAAUUUUAAACACGACCUGUAAAAGCCUCACAUGCUGAUUUGUAAGAUCACAAUAGUCAUACACACAGUGUUGUCCGAUAGUUCUAGUGAGCAAGAAGAAACAUAUUUGUUUAAGUGGCCGAAAGGAAUAUGUGAUGGGAUGCCAUAGUAACUUAUUGCCGAAAAUAAAUCUUGUCAGUUUGUUUGAGGGGGCUAAUACUUUGUCAUAGUGUAGUUACAUUAUUGUCUGGUCAUAACGAGCUUUGCUGGAAAUGCAGCAUUAGUUAGGCAUUUUAAUAUUCCCAUUCUUCUUCUUCCUAACACAGCAGGGUAUGAGGCCAGCAAGAUCAAAAUUAGAACUGUGCAGUGUAACAUUGCUGCUGAAGUUUGUAUGCCAAUUCUCAAGUUUGUUUUAAAGUCUAAAUUUUUAAUAAAUGUGUUCUCACAGA